CAUCAACAUGUACAGUACAUGUGACUGCAUGAGCAGAGUUACAAAGUACAAGGAAAUGGCUUCUUCAGCUGAGGUUGACCUUCUGGCUGUAGAAGUGGAAGAGGACAUCUAAGUCUUCACUUCAGUGAGGGAGGGGUCUUGGAGCAGGUCAUUAAUGACAUCAUAGUAACUUCAUGAGUGCCCUACAGCCUGACCAUCUUGUGCGAGCGUCAUGUGCUCUGGUGAAGACUGUGUGUUGUUUCCAUGGUAAUAGAUAAUGUGUGGGGGUUUUUCUCUGCUCUGGUGCUUCCUUCCUUAUUCCUGUGGUGUUGGAUAACAUUUUUAGAUUUCAGUGUUUAGCAGAUGCUCUGUGUCACAGAGACCUGCGUGCUUACUGGUUUAGGGCAGUAAGCACAGGUUGGGCUAGUAAACCCAUGAUAAAUGCUCUGCGUUGCUUGAGCCAAGAUGGAGUGUAAAGAGGUUCGCUUUCGUUCUGCGGCGGAAGAAUACACGCGCGCUUCGGUCGCGAGCCGUUUUCUUUUCCGACUGUUCCCCCGAGCGGUCGAGACGCGUCCCGGGGGCGUGGUUUCGGCGUGACGCGUCGCGGCGAAUGAGAGCUCAUCACCAGGGCUGCAAGAGCCGGUUCUGCCCUGGAAUUGGUUCGGGGCUUAGAUUGAACUUACCCCUCUCUAAACCUCUCCUGGCUGGCCUCAAAUUAGGGGGGGGCCCCCCUUGCCUCACGCCUCGAACUCUCAUCGCCGUCGAGCGGCGGAGGGAUUUUAUUGGCUCGCGUCGUUCCCGGUCUGCGGUGUCAGAGGAGAAACUGAAGCGCUUGGCGCGUGGGCUUCCCUGGCAACGGCGGUAUCUUAUCGCGCGGCGGGCGCAAUAGAACCCUGAACGCUGCAGCAUUUGCUUAAAGGUCCCACCCGCACCGGUGGGGGUGCGCUAGCCAUCAGUCACAAUCUAGAAUCAGCUGUCAGAGGAACAAAGAGGACGAGGAGGAGGAGGCGUCACCGAAACGCCGGCGAAGGUCUCAUCGGAGGCGGCUGCACGACACGGACAGCGCGGAGGCGGUCGCCACGGCGACGGCGAACAGCAGCAUGGCUGAGACGGACAGGAGCAUCGCCCAAUCCCUGAGCCCCACCGCCAGUGAGGAGGGCCAGGAGGAGGGGGCGGACCCCGCGGUCUCCGGGGGCGAUGAGAGCGGCCGGGAGGCGGGGCCAGCGGGCCGUGACCCUGAAACCGGCACCCGGGCGGAGAGCGAGGGGGAGGAUGAGAAGAAGAUAGGAGAGGAAGAGGAGGAAGAGGAGGACGAGGAGCACGAAGAGCCAGAGGCUGUAGCACUGCAGAAGGACGAGGCAGGAGAGGCCGAUAAGGAGAACGCGGUCGCUCCCCGGCCAAAAGAACAGGAGGGAGGUUUCCAUGACGACGACGCUGCCGCCGGCAAACACGGGAGACCGGAGAGUCGUGGGAACCCGCUCUCGUCGGAGGCGCGGGAGGCAGACCGGAGGGCGGAGGAGGUGAAGCGUCGCCGCGGCGACCCUGAGAGCGAGGAGCUGAAGAGGAUGAGGCAGGAGACCGAGGCGGAGCUGCAGGAGCUGAGGAAGAGGAGGGAGGAGAGGAGGAAGGUGCUGGAGGAGGCGGAGAAGCGGAAGAAGCGGGAAAUGGAGGAGAGGAAGGCCAGGGAGGAGGAGGAGAAGAGGCAGAUGAAGGAGGGGAUCGAGCGGAGGAGGGCGGAGGCCGCGGAGAAGAGGCAGAAGACGGAUGGGGAGGCCGCCAAGCCCUUCGUGUGCGUCGGCCCGCGGGGGUCCUCCCUGAAGAUUGGGGACAGGGCGGAAUUUUUGAACAAGUCUGCCCAGAAAAGCAGCACAUUGAAGACUUCACACACGCCGACCAUCUCCAAGAUCGACAACAGACUCGAGCAGUACAACACCGCACUCCAGAGGGAGGCCCGGCCCUCCCGCCUGGCCCUGGACCUGCCCGUGGUGACUGAUGGGAUCCGCAGCCUCAAGACCCGCUGGGAGGAGGGGGACGUGAUCGGGAACAUCAACAUCAACAAGGAAUCAGCCCAUGUGAAGAUCGCCGUGGCCGAGCUCAUCAGCGACUGGCUCCACCGGGCCCCCGAAACCCCCAAAUCCCCGGGAGGGAUGCCUGCCGACCUGAAACCUGGUGAUGUCACCAACAAGCGCAGCCUAUGGGAGAACAUGAGCUCCGCCCCAAAGACGCCAGAUGGAGACGUGAGCAAGCCGGUCGCCAACGGAAAGGCUCCGGUUUGACCGCUACACAUUCCGAAUUUCCAAACGGGAACUAUGCUUUGCUGCUCAGCGAAUACAGGACUAGUUCCACUUCGCGACGUUGGCUUCACUUCAGCGAACAUACGAACGUGUUCGGCGACGCUAGCGACCGCAAAGGAUGAUUUUAUGGAAACCAAAACGAAAGUAUUUCAACGCUGCCCUCAUGGAAUGCGCGCAUCUCUUUACCCUGCCGGGAAGCACAACAGCAAUGAAAAUACGAGCUGCGCGCUGUCAUAGAAACGAGUGAU